AUGGCGUUUGGCGCUUCAGGAGGUCGCGGUGGAUUUGGAGGCAGAGGCGGUGGCAGUCGAGGCGGUGGUUUUAGAGGAGGGAGGGGCGGACCAGAACGAGGGCGAGGUGGCGGUCGGGGUGGAAUCGCAAAACGCGGUGGUGACCGAGGACGAGGAGGUGGAGGACGCGGUUUCGACCGAGGACGAGGAGGUCGUGGUGGACGCGGUGGAAGGGGAGGCGCGAGAGGCGGUUCAAACGUCAUUCUUGAGCCUCACCGUCACCCUGGCAUAUUCAUUGCAAAAGGCAAGGACAGCAUGUUGGUCACGAAGAACCUUGUCCCUGGGGUGGCAGUAUAUGGCGAGAAGCGGAUAUCCAUCGACGGGGGUAUCGACGGCACCAAGACAGAGUAUCGAGUAUGGAACCCGUUUCGCAGCAAGCUGGCGGCGGGCGUGCUCAACGGUCUUGACCACAUUCAUAUACAUCCCGGAAGCAAGGUUUUGUAUCUUGGUGCCGCCAGUGGAACCAGUGUCAGUCAUGUAGCAGACAUCGUUGGUCCAGAAGGAGUUGUGUACGCUGUUGAGUUUUCGUUGCGGUCAGGCCGUGACUUGAUUGACAUGGCAAAGAAGCGAACAAAUGUCAUCCCCAUCAUCGAGGACGCCCGUACACCACAGAAAUACCGCAUGCUGCUCUCAACCGUAGAUGUGAUCUUUGCGGAUGUUGCCCAGCCAGACCAGGCUCGCCUUGUGAUUCUCAAUGCUCAGUACUUCUUGAAGAACGGCGGUCAUGUCGUUAUUUCGAUAAAGGCCAGUUGUAUCGACUCGACUGCACCCCCGGAGGUUGUCUUCAGUCGAGAAGUCAACACCUUGAAAGAGAGUCAAUUUAAGCCUUUGGAGCAGGUCACACUCGAGCCCUACGAACGUGACCAUGCGAUGGUAUCUGCUGUUUACCAGCGACACGCAUGAGCUUUGUGAUCCAAGUCGGUUCCGUUCCGGCACCUGUUUCUUCCUGGACUGGUUGCCGAUCGUUGGUUUUGCCGGAGCACUCGCUUUCUACGAUCUCGUUGUAUCUGCUGUAUUCUACCGUCAAAAGUAGCCUUUUCUCUCGUUUUUUUUUGUGCUAUAGAAUCGCUCGCAAUGCUCCCGAGUGACG